AUGGUGCAGCCAGGGAAACUGGUGGGAGAGACUGAGUCACUUGCUCCGGGUGGUACCCUUGCUCACAUAAAAGUGGCACCAUUUGGUGCCCAAGCCACGGUGGCUCCCUUGCCCUUGGCAGCAGCCCCCUCGCGGGCGCUGCCCGGCGGCGCCGACAACGCCUCGGCCGCCUCGGCCGCCUCGGCCGCCGCCGCCGCGUCCCCGGGCCCGCAGCGCAGUCUGAGCGCGCUGCACGGCGCUGGCGGCUCGGCCGGGCCCCCCGCGCUGCCCGGGGCGCCAGCGGCCAGCGCGCACCCGCUGCCGCCCGUGCCCCUCUUCAGCCGCUUCCUCUGCACGCCGCUGGCGGCCGCCUGCCCGUCGGGGGCCGAGCAGGGCGACGCGGCGGCCGGCGAGCGCGAGGAGCUGCUGCUGCUGCAGAGCACGGCCGAGCAGCUGCGCCAGACGGCGCUGCAGCAGGAGGCGCGCAUCCGCGCCGACCAGGACACCAUCCGCGAGCUCACCGGCAAGCUGGGCCGCUGCGAGAGCGGCCUUCCGCGCGGCCUUCAGGACGCCGGGCCCCGCCGCGACGCCAUGGCCGACGGGCCCUGGGACUCGCCGGCGCUCAUCCUGGAGCUGGAGGACGCCGUGCGCGCCCUCCGGGACCGCCUGGACCGCAUCGAGCAGGAGCUCCCAGCCCAUGUGAACUUCUCAGCGGCCCCAGCCCCUGUGCCCGCGGUGCCCACAGCCCUGCACUCCAAGAUGGACGAACUAGAGGGGCAGCUGCUGGCCAAGGUGCUGGCCCUGGAGAAGGAGCGCGUGGCUCUCAGUCACAACAGCCAGCGGCAGCGGCAGGAGGUGGAGAAGGAGCUGGAUGCGCUGCAGGACCGCGUGGCUGGACUGGAACAUGGGUCCUCAGCCUACAGCCCUCCAGAUGCCUUCAAGAUCAGCAUCCCCAUCCGCAACAACUACAUGUAUGCCCGUGUGCGGAAGGCACUGCCUGAGCUCUACGCCUUCACCGUCUGCAUGUGGCUGCGCUCCAGGUCGGGUGGCAGUGGCCAGGGCACGCCCUUCUCCUACUCGGUGCCCGGGCAGGCCAAUGAGAUUGUGCUGCUGGAGGCGGGCCACGACCCCAUGGAACUGCUGAUCAAUGACAAGGUGGCCCAGCUGCCUCUGAGCCUGAAGGACAAUGGCUGGCACCACAUCUGCAUCGCCUGGACCACAAGGGAUGGCCUGUGGUCUGCCUACCAGGACGGGGAGCUGCAGGGCUCUGGUGAGAACCUAGCCGCCUGGCACCCCAUCAAGCCUCAUGGGAUCCUUAUCCUGGGCCAAGAGCAGGACACCCUGGGCGGUCGGUUUGAUGCCACCCAGGCCUUCGUGGGUGACAUCGCCCAGUUUAACCUGUGGGACCACGCCCUGACACCUGCCCAAGUCCUGGGCAUUGCCAACUGUACCGGGCCGCUGCUGGGCAACGUCCUCCCCUGGGAAGACAAGCUGGUGGAGGCCUUCGGGGGUGCAAAAAAGACCACCUUUGAUGUCUGCAAGGGGAGGGCCAAAGCAUGAGGGGCCACCUCAUCCAGGGUCCCUCCCUUGCCUGCCAUUUUGGGGACCUUACGGUGGGGGCACACAUUCCCUCCUCAGCCUACCCACACACUGGCCUUCCCUCCUGCCCUGCUCCUGGCCAUGCCUCCCGUUUCCCCCACCUAUACCCACACCUCCAGAAUGCCCUGCCCUGCAGUGGCUGUCCCCUAACCCCACUUGGAUGGGGACAAGCAGCUC